UUAACCUUCUCCGUCUCUUCUCCCUCUCUCUUCAUGGUCAGUCAGAUAUGGGUUUUGGAUGCUUGUUUAGAGAGAGAAACAAAGCAAAAGGAAAAGUUUAAAAAAAAAAAAAAAAUCUUCUUUGGUUCUUUUGAGAAAUUCUUAUAAAUAAGAGAAAAGGGUCUGGAAGAUGAAAGUAAUUCUCUGAAGAUCUAGACCAUUCUCUUCCCCAACUUGGACACUUCGACCUCCUCCAUUCUUUAUAAGACUUUCUCUCUCUCUUCUUCUCUCUCCUCUCACCAGACCAGAAAAGGAAAAAGAAGAAAACAAAACAAAACCACAGAAAUGGAAGUAGAAGAACAGCAGGCGAGCAGAUGGGAAGGAUAUGUAGAUUGGAGGAACAGACCUGCACUCAGAGGCUGCCAUGGCGGCAUGCUGGCUGCUUCUUUUGUACUAGGCGUGGAGAUUUUGGAGAACUUGGCGUAUUUGGCAAAUGCAAGCAAUCUGGUGUUAUAUCUAUCCGAUUACAUGCACUUAUCUCCAUCAAAAUCUGCUAAUAACGUCACCAAUUUCAUGGGCACUGCCUUCCUGCUUGCUCUCCUUGGUGGUUUUCUUUCGGAUGCUUUCUUUACUACUUAUCACAUCUAUCUGAUAAGCGCUCUCAUUCAACUUCUGGGUUUGAUUCUGCUGACAAUACAAGCUCACUUGCCUGGUUUAAAGCCACCGACAUGCGGCCCAUCAAUGCCUCCAUGCCAAGAAGUUGAUGGGUCAAAAGCUGCAAUACUGUUUCUCGGCCUGUACCUGGUGGCGUUGGGCGUUGGAGGCAUCAAAGGCUCGUUGCCGCCGCACGGCGCUGAGCAAUUCGACGAUACGUCUCCGCAAGGAAGAAAACAAAGGUCGACUUUCUUUAACUACUUCGUCUUUUGUCUCUCCUGCGGCGGCCUCAUCGCCGUCACCUUCGUUGUGUGGCUUGAAGAUAAUAAAGGUUGGGAAUGGGGUUUUGGGGUUGCCACGAUUUCUAUCUUCUUGUCAAUCCCGAUUUUCCUUGCUGGUUCGCCAUUUUACAGAAACAAGAUUCCUUGCGGAAGUCCACUUACCACUAUCUUCAAGGUUAUGAUUGCAGCUGCCACAAGCACUUGCGUUAGUACAAGUUCAAGCAACGCCAUUGUUAACCUGGCCACAAGCCCUUCUUCGCCAACCCAACUCAACAAAGAAGCAGAGCAGGAAACCACCAAAGAAAAGGAUCAAGCCGCCAAUUUUACCCCGACGAGAAGCCUGAAAUUCCUCAACAGAGCAGCGAUUAACAAGCCAGUUCACGGAGCACUAGAAUGCACUGUCGAUGAAGUAGAAGAAGUCAAGAUCGUGUUGGAAAUCCUCCCAAUUUUUGCUUGCACCAUUAUGCUCAACUGCUGCCUAGCUCAGCUCUCUACUUUUUCAGUCCAUCAAGCUGCUACAAUGAACACGAAGCUCGGUUCGCUGAAAGUUCCCCCGGCUUCUUUACCUAUUUUCCCUGUAGUCUUCAUCAUGAUCCUGGCCCCUGUUUACGACCAUUUCAUCAUUCCCUUCUUCAGGAGAGUAACCAAAUCCGAAAUGGGGAUCACCCAUUUGCAGCGAAUCGGAAUCGGCUUAGUCCUUUCCAUCCUCGCAAUGGGGGUGGCAGCUCUCGUCGAGAUCAAGCGAAAAAGAGUAGCAACCGAGUCGGAGCUCCUAGACUCGCAACAGCCAUUACCCAUCAGCUUCUUCUGGAUUGCCUUCCAGUACUUGUUCCUGGGCUCUGCUGAUCUCUUCACAUUGGCUGGAUUGCUUGAAUUUUUCUUCACAGAAGCACCCACGAGCAUGAGGUCUUUGGCUACCUCGCUUUCCUGGGCCUCCCUGGCAAUGGGAUACUACCUAAGCUCAGUGAUUGUAUCACUAGUUAACAAUGUUACCGACGGCUCCGGUCAUAAACCUUGGCUCGCCGGCGGCAACAUAAACCAUUAUCACCUCGAGAGAUUCUACUGGCUGAUGUGCGCGCUUAGCGGGUUGAAUUUCCUGCACUAUCUUUUCUGGGCGGUGCGAUACAAGUACAGAUCAACAAGAACAAGCUGAAACUGCGUAUGCGAUCAGCAAAAGUAGUCAAUGUGCAUAUAAAACACGCACGCUAUCGCGAGCGCCGAGUCUGACGCCUAGAAAAACAUGAAGGCUGGCACAGGGAAUGCUCUGCUCGUAACAAGGCGGUUUUACCCAUCAAUGCCGUAGAUAGAGAAGGAGAUUGAUCAUUACUUAAAAUUUUCAAAUCAACGGCUAAAUUUCGUAUUAUUUUGUAGUAAAUGAAGAUUAGUUCAAUGCUCAUGUUUAUUAAAGAGCAAAUCAA